AAAACUAAUUUUUAUGAAUAAUUAAUGAUAUAAUUAAAAACAAGAGAUGGAAAGAUUGCUCGAAGAUAUUUUAACGUCUAAAGGAGAACAACAAGUUAUAGCAUUACGUACACUUAAGAACAAAAUAAUUGGAUAUCCUGAAAGAAAGAAAUAUUUUAUAGAACAUCAAAUAUUAAAUAUUUUAAUUCAUAUUUUAUCGUCGCCAGAAACACUAGAAGAGUCGCAAAUUCAGGCGAUUUUUAUUCUUACGUCACUAGCACAAGUUGGUUAUAGUUUUACAUCUCAUAUAUGUCAAGCAGGAACAUUGCAUCAUCUUUUUAUGAUAUUUAUGACAAAAACUUCUUCGCCUAUAUUAAUUACGGCAUCACUUAAGGCAUUAGCAACAAUUCUAUCAUCUGCAUCUAUCGCAGAAACAAUUCCAGAGCCUGCAAUUUAUUAUUUUGUUAAAAUAUUAGCAAAAUGUUGUGAUAAGUCAUCAACAUCUUCUGAAUAUUUCCAGGCAUCUCUUGUAGCAUCUAUUAUAUCAGCAUGCGGAAAACUACCUUCUCAACAAAGUCAACUUGCAGAAUCAGGAAUUCUUGAUAUAUUAAUUGAAAUUGUUUCACUUUUUCAAGAUCGCUCAAAUCAAAAACCCCAGCAACAUUUUUAUACUACAAAACUUCUUGAUGCUGUACUUCAUGCACUAUCAUCUCUCACACAUAAUCAUGAUGCACAUGCUUCACAAGUUGCUGCAUCAUAUAGAUCAUCUACUUCUAAUAAUCCUAAUGAUGUUUAUCCUAUGAUUGCAAUUUUACUAAAACUUGCUAAAGAUCCGUGUAUUUCUAUUCGACUAGGUGCUUCUGGCUGUCUUGCAAACAUGUACAGAAGUGGUGCUAUUCCCAAAAAAUAUUCUAUUGAUUUGCAACUUAUUGUUAUUCCAAUUCUGAUUAGACUACUUGAUGAAUCGUACAAAAUCAAAGAACAUGCGCUUCUCAUUUUAGCGUAUUUGGUUACAGAUAGUGAUGAAAUGCAAGGGGCAGCUUGUGAUGCAGAUGUUAUAAGGAAAUUGUCCAAUAUUCUUCAUCAUGUAAAUAAUAACCUAUCUCCAGAAAUGGAUAAUACGAAUGAUAAAAUUAUUGAAGCAGUCUUAUUGGCUAUCGCAGCACUAACAUUGUUUAAAGAUGAUUAUAGAAAACAAGUAAUCAAUGCAAAAAUUGUUCCUCAUAUUGUUUCCGCUUUAUCUCAUCAAUCUCCUGAAGUACGUGUGGCAGCCUGUCAAUGUACAAGAAGUUUAUCUCGAAGUGUUUGUAUUCUCAGAAGCAAUUUAGUAGAUGCAGGAAUUACAGAUCCUUUAUUCGUAUUGUUAACUGAUAAAAAUCUGAAAGUUAAAACAGCAGCAUGUGCUGCUGUGUGUAAUUUAGUUUUAGACUUUUCCCCAAUGCGCUCGGCUAUUAUGGAAAAGGGUGCACUUAAAAUCAUGUGCGAACAUGCUAAAGACGAAAAUUCAGCACUGAGAUUAAAUGCAGUAUGGGCAUUAAAACAUAUUGUCUAUGCUGCAGAGACGAGUGUUAAAAAAAAUGUUUUAGAAGAAUUAGGCUAUAAUGUUCUUACAGAAUUAUGCAAUGAUCCUGAAAUUAGCGUUCAAGAACAAGCAUUAGAUGUUAUUAGGAAUGUCAUUUGUGGCCAGCAAGAGAAUAUUGAUAUACUAUUAAAUAAUAUUGGAGUUUCAAAAAUUUUAUCUAUUAUAAAAAAAAAGCUCUCUUCAAGCUUUACUGAAAUUAUAACUGCGGCAAUAUAUAUAUGUGUACAUAUUGCUUCAGGUAAUGAUGCACAUAGAAAUAUUAUUAUAGAACAAGAUGAAAUUUUACAAUCAAUUCUGAAGCAUAUAACACAUUCCAAUUUCGAAGUACGUCUAGGAUGUUUAUGGGUCUUAAUAAACCUCACAUGGGCAGAUGACAAUUCUGAUCAGAUAAGUAAUUCAUAAAUAUAUUGAUCUUAGUAAAACUUAUAUAACUAAGCUAUGAAACAACAACGAAAUCAAAUUUUAAAGAAUAUAGGUUUUUUAGAAAAAUUAAAACUUAUGCAAAAUGAUUCUUCUUCAGAUAUUCGCGAACGAGUCAAAACUGCAUUGUCUCAACUCGAAUAAAAAAUCAUAUUUUUAUAUUAUUUAUUUACAGA